UUGUUUGGUUUCACUUUUGAGUAAGUAGACCUUUAAUUGUUUAAAUGAUAAUACUGGGGGGACUAGAGCUGUUUCGAAACAAAAAAAUAUUCGGAAAUCGAAAUUUCGAAACAUCUCGGAAUGGGGCUAGACUUCCUGCUCGUCCCUCCUUUCCUUCUCCUCCUGCCUGUCCCUUCCGUCCUUCCUGCCCGUCCUCUCCAUAUCCCUCCCUCCCUUUUCACCCCAAUUACUAUCUAAUCACUAUUCCGAGGAAAAACACUGCACCAGCGGUGUACCUCAAGGAUCCAUACUAGGGCCGCUACUAUUCAUUACUUUUAUAUCUGAUCUUCCAACGUAUUGCGCCACACCAGGAAUAACUCUAAAACUUUUUGCUGACGAUCUCAAAGCUUAUAAUAUUUUUAAAAAUAGAGUUAACGAGUCUCCUCUCCAAAUUUUUGUAAAUAAAUUCUCAGAGUAUUGCCAUCUUAAUGGCCUUAAAAUUGCCAUAGAAAAAUGUUCAGUUUUAUAUUUAGGAAAUUCUAACC